AUGUUGAUUCCAUAUGAGCAGUAUACAAAGAAGUCACCAGACAGCGAAACAGAACCUUCAAAACCUCCCGCCGCAAACGAUGACUACUACAAUCCUCUGGAAAGCAUAAUCGAGACACUGGACGUGCUCAAGAACGAUUUCGCAACCCAAAAGUACUGCGACAUGAGAAGCCUUUCUGCCACAUUGACAGGAGGUCUGACAUGCAAAGAAGAAGGCAUACGCGAGGUCAUCAAUGAAGAUAACGCAACACAACACUACUACGAUUUCUGCGCAUACCGCCACGCCAAGUCCGAAGAUACCAGAAACCCUGGAACAACAGAGAACGACUCCUCGACUCUCCCACUCUCUCAGGACCAUAAAAAGGGUGAUGAAAAGCGAUACACCGCCGCGUACCUUGCUGAAAGCACCCGCUGCUUUCUCACUCGCGACGGACGACUAGGACUCGGCCCGAGAAUCACUGAGGGAGGCGAUCAAAUCUGGCUUCCUAUGGGCGCUGAUACGCCUUUUGUGCUAAGACCGCUUUGCAAUGGCGAUUUCAAGAUUCUUGGACAGGCGUACUUGCAUGGCGUUAUGCACGGGGAGGCGGUUGCGGAUUUGACUGAGGAUGAUUUUGAGGCUGUGAAGCUGGUUUGA